GAUAAAAUAAUUUUUUACACGAUAAUUUUGUAUUAUUGUCAUUUAAAAGGCAAAGACAUUAAUAAAAACUUUAAAGACAUUAAUUAAAGUUUACGAUGGCAAAUGUCGAAUCUAUGAUUGUAGAGGAUAAACCACAACCCAAACAAAUUGAUCGCGAAAAGACUUGCCCAUUGCUGCUGAGAGUGUUCUGCUCAACUGGAAGGCAUCACUCGGUAUCGGAAUAUAUGUAUAAUAAUGUUCCUACAAACGAGUUACAGAUAUAUACAUGGAUGGAUGCUUCGUUGCAUGAACUGACCUCCCUUGUCCGUGAUGUAAAUCCCGAUACUCGUAAGAAAGGAACCUACUUCGACUUUGCCAUAGUGUUUCCCAAUUAUCGCAAUAAUCACUUUCAAAUGCGUGAAAUUGGUGUAACGUGUACUGGCCAGAAGGGUGCUGAUGACAACAAAACGUUGGCACAAGCAAAGUUUUGUAUAGGAGAUUUUCUUGAUAUCUCUAUUACGCCUCCAAAUCGUCUACCACCAAUUAGACGCCAACGUCCGUACUAAAGAGCAUUUUAACUACAUAGAACAUAAUGUACAUCUUCAAACCCCCUCUCUACACUAACUUUUUAUCAAUAACUAGGAUACUUAAGAUUUUUGGUUUAUGUUUUAUUUGAUAUCAACAACUGCAUCCCGACAGUUAUUCUUAAAGUGUAAAAAAAUAUGGUAAGAAUUUAGAUUUCUUAGUUUAUUAUAAUUUUUUAAUAAAAUCUAAAACAAUGAAAGUAAAAUAUACACAACGUAAAUAA